AUGGCGCGCAACCGAUCCGUCAAGCUCCCCCUCUACUACAAAAGUAGCCGCAACGGCAGCAGUCGAGGCACCUCUGCCUCCAAUACCUUGCGUCGCUCUUCGUCGCGCGCAACUUCAAUUAUGACCACCAGACCCAGCAGGCCGCGCGUGCAGACUCAAAGAGAACUACAUCUAAAUAGCGCGUCUACGCAUACGCCUUCUGCAGGAGCACUGACGAAUUCAGUGGAGGAUAGCGAAGAUGCAAGCGAUGAUACGCUCAAUGAGGUCAUUAUGGCAGUUGAUCUUACGCCACGCGGAACGGUGGGGUGCUGUUACUAUGUUGCGCGGGAUGAAAAACUAUAUUUCAUGGAGGACAUUCAUUUUGGGGACGCUGAUGUUGUUGAUUCACUGAGAAUGUUCAUUGACCCUACGGUCAUAUUGGUGUCGACAAAGAUCGACGAUAUAGUCAUUGAUCGUUUCGAUCCAGAAGCUAAAAGCGGUGAUUCUGUAAUCAGCGACAAUGAUCAGUUCCGCCUCCCGUUCUUGCUGGAGGUGAGACCACCGAGUGAGUUCUAUUACGAUGCAGCGAAGAGCAAACUCGCCAACCUUAGACUUGGCGACGAUGACGGCACUCGUGUCAGCUUCAAUAUCCCAGGAGAACUUGCUGCGGUCGAUCAUCUCAACGGAGAGACUGCCGCUAGCCAGCAUGGACUGUUACUUCGUCUCGCAGGAUGGAUAGAUAUAGAGAGCCGCGUCACGGUCGGUUGUGCGGGUGCACUUAUUUCAUAUCUGCAACGACGGCGUGCCGCUGCAUAUCUACCCGGCGACGACUCCGCGCAUCUGCUAUUUCGCGUCACGACACUGGAGAUGUUCAGCCUUCGCGAGACCAUGUUCAUUAAUGCCGAUACGCUCCACUCUUUGCAGAUACUGGAUGCAGAAUCACAUCCACAUUCGCAUAAUCGAGGACCAACACCUAGCUCAGGGGCCAAAGAAGGUCUAUCUGUCUAUGGAUUGUUCCACCACCUCGCACGUACACAGCAAGGAAGAGUCAUGCUUCGCCAGGAUUUUCUCCGUCCAAGUCUAAAUCUUGAUGUUAUCAAUGAGCGUUUAAGUACCGUGGGCGUCUUCAUCCGACCCGAGAACGAAUCUGCUUUGCAGACUCUGGUAAAAACUCUCAAAAAUGUUGGCAACAUGCGUGUAAGGUUGAGUAAUCUGAGAAAAGGAGUCGGAGGCUCAAUCAAAGGAAGGAGAGGCCUCUCAAAGAGUGUUUGGGCAGCUAUUAGGGGGUUUGCCUUUCACGCUCUGAAGAUCAGGGACACUUUCCAGGAAGUUCUCGGUGCAGACACGUUGAUGAUCCGAACAAAGAUACUCGAGAAAUUCGAUGGUCAACGUUUAGCUCAGGUCGGCAGCCAAAUCAGCAAAACUGUAGAUUUUGAGAAGUCGGCAGAAGAAUCUCGGACCGUUAUUCUUCCGGGAAUCGACGAGGAGCUCGACCAGAUCAAGAGGACUUUGGAUGGCCUUGAGGCAUUCCUUAAUGAAGUCGCGAGGAAAUUGUCUGAACGAAUGCCGUCUGAUUUGCGCGCAACUCUCAACGUCAUCUACUUCCCGCAAAUAGGAUUUCUCGUAACAGUCCCUGUCGAUCCGGAGACAGGAGCCGCAGUCCACGAUGGGAGCUUCGAUAAUCCCUGGGAGAGGAUGUUCUCCACUGAGGAGCAAGUAUACUUCAAGAAUAGUGAGAUGCGAGAGAUGGACGAUCAUUUCGGCGACGUCUACGGCAUCAUCUCAGAUCGGGAGAUUGAGAUUAGCCAUGAACUAGCUCAGUAUGUCCUCCAGUAUGAAGAGCUGAUGAUCUCAUGUUCCGACAUCUGUGGCGAGCUUGACAGUCUGUUGGCGCUUGCACAGGGUGCGAAGUUAUACAAGCUUUGCUGUCCUCGAAUGACGCUUGACAACGUUAUAAGCAUCAAAGGGGGCCGCCAUAUCCUUCAAGAACUUACAGUAGCUUCUUUUGUCCCAAACAACACGUUUCUAGUGGGCGGUGCAGGAGAGUACAUAUCUCCAGACGAUGUUGAUCGAAGUCAUGGCACCAAAGGCUGUCCACAUACUAGCUCCUCCCCGCAAUAUACGUAUGAACACGAAGAGGGCCCGAGUAUGCUGGUAUUAACCGGUCCUAACUAUUCUGGAAAGAGUGUAUAUCUCAAACAAGUAGCCUUGAUCGUCUUCCUGGCACAUGUUGGAAGCUUUGUGCCAGCGAACAGUGCCAAGGUUGGACUGACAGACAAAAUACUUUCUAGGGUCACCACACGAGAGACAGUGUCGCGUGUUCAGAGCGCUUUUAUGAUAGACCUGCAGCAGAUCUCGCUUGCUUUGAGUUUAGCUACACGAAGGAGUCUGCUGAUCAUCGAUGAGUUCGGCAAGGGUACGGAGUCCAGUGAUGGAGCAGGGUUGGCUUGUGCAGUCAUGGAGCAUCUGCUAAGUUUGGGGACCGAGAGGCCAAAGGUUAUUGGUGCUACCCACUUCCAUGAGAUAUUCGAGAUGGGCUUUCUUAAAGCAAGGCCUACACUCACUUUUGGGCAUAUGGAGGUACGCAUCGACUCUGAUGCUUCGGAGGUCAGUGAUCAGAUAACAUACCUGUACAACUUUCGUACUGGACGAAGUACCUCGAGUUUCGGAACCUGCUGUGCAGCCAUGAACGGAGUCCCUCCAGAAAUCGUACAGCAUGCGGAGAAGCUCAUCCUCUUAGGCAUGAGGGGUGAAGAUCUAGUGGCGAUGUGUUGCCAGAUGCCCGAAGACGAAGCUGCAGAGCUUGAGGAAGCGGAGCAAAUUGCAAGAGAGUUCCUAGAGGCAGACGUAUACAGUAACCCGAAAGCGACUCUGGCGGAGAUUCUGACUAUCUCCACGACUACGGUCUCGCGCUCGUAAGCGUUUUUGUGUUCUGCACUACUGCUUCAGUUUUCCUUAUCGUUGACUUCCCGGGUCUUCUACCUCGUCUUCGCUGCAGCGAAAGGUCUCUAUGGAAUGCUAUGUCUGCUUAUUUCGUUCAUAUGGAAGGGCAGACAAGACCAGAACUUGGUAUAUCCAAUCGAUAAGUCCC